AUGGCCGCCGUGUCGCUGCUCAACGUUGCUGUGCGCAACAACCCUGCCCCCUUCACCUCGCCCUACGAGUUCGAGAUCACCUUUGAAUGUCUUGAGAAGUUGGACAAGGAUCUGGAGUGGAAGCUCACCUACGUCGGCUCUGCCACCUCCUCCGAGUAUGACCAAGAGCUUGACUCUCUCCUUGUCGGCCCCAUCCCCGUCGGCGUCAACAACGACAUCCUCGGCGUCACUGUCAUCCUCUUGACCUGCAGCUAUGACGGUCGCGAGUUCGUGCGUGUCGGCUACUACGUUAACAACGAGUACACCGACGAGGCACUCAUCGCCGAACCUCCCGCCAAGGCCGUUGUUGAAAAGGUCCGCCGCAGCAUUCUGGCCGAGAAGCCCCGUCAGCCUGACGCCGACAACCAGGAAGACGAUGAGGCCGCAUACGGUGCUGAGGAGCUUGAAGAGGACGAGGUCGAGGUUGAAGGCGAGCCUGAAGUCAAGGAAGGAGAGGACGCUGAGAUGGCCGAGGCCAACCCCGUCGAACAACCUAAGGAGGAGGACGAAGUCUCGGAUGCUGGCAGCGAGGACAUUGAAGCCGAGAGCAGCGCCAGCGAAGAUGAGGACGAAGAGGAGGAGGAAGGUGAAGGCGAAGCCGAGGGAGAGGCUGCCGACGAGAUGGACACUGACACCGCUGCCCCCACUGGCGCUACUGAGAAGUCCCAGCCUCCUCAGCAGCAGAGCGAUGUUAUGGUCCACUAG